UAUAUCAUUACAGCUCCGCCAGCCAUCAACCUAAUAUUCCCACAUAACAAAUAAAAAUUUUGUUUGUCAAAAUUGAAAAGUUGAGAAUUUUGAGCGAAUACCAAUAAGAUACAAUGGGACGCAAUCUGAAUAUACAAAUCGAUUUGAAGAAGCUGCUGGCAAAGUCCAUGGCCGAUGGUCCAAGUGGCAGUCACCAUGGCCACUGGCGAGUGCCGUGCGGCAAAGUGAGAUAUGCCGUGCAUUAUACCAUGAAGAAUGGUCUACUCACAAUUCUACACAUAAGGAGGAGGAGGUGUACUCCCAGCCGGUUGAGUCGCAUUGCAAAGCGUCUCCGGCGGUUGAUGCAGGCAAAGAAAACACCACAAGUGACCUUUAAGAAUAGAGGCACCAAAAAGCGUGAAUAUAGUAAAGUCCAGAAGACCAAAAGCAGCCAAACCCUUGAUCCAGCGAUGAUCCAGAAUACCAAAGGCAGUCAGACUAUUGAUCCGGUGAUGAUUCAGGAAACCAAAGGCAGCCAAACGAUUGAUCCAACUAUGAUCCAGAAGACCAACGGCAGCCAAACUGAUCCGACAACCAUUCAGGAGACGAAAGGCAGCCAAACCCCCUGUUCCUCGAUGAACCAAGGGACUAAGGCCAGUCAAGCACCAGAGUCUCAAACGAUUCUGGAAACCACAGGCAGCCAAACAUCUGAUCCGAUCAUGAUCCAAGACAACAAAGCCAUCGAAGAAAAGUCCAUCGGUAGCCAGGGACAGGCUCCGAAUUGCAAUACCAUAUCCACGCAAUGGAUUCCUAAUACAGGAGACAGUGGCAAUCAAACUAGCCCGGAUAUCUGCUGUGUGGGCAUCCAGACAGUGCGGGGAAAUAACUGCGUGGCCGUGCAAACCACGACUAAUAACCGAUCCUUGCACAGCCAGACCACGACCACAUACGUUGAGGCAGAGGUACAGAAGCCGCUCUUAGAUGCCUUGAACGUAAUCCACCAAAACUUUCAAAACCUAACUGGCCUCAUCGAAAACGACAUGAUGCACACACUCAAUCAGCUGAUGGAGUUCACUCUAAUGGAGGUGAAGGAGCUACGAUUAGAAGCCGAUCGGCACAAAGAGGGGUUAGUAGAGCCACCGACCACACCCACGCCGUCGUGCGAACAGAUCGGGGAUACACUUCCAGUGGAAGAGCCGGGGUGCGAACAGAUCGGGGAUACACUUCCAGUGGUGAAGGCUCCUUCGGAAAAGGCGGACAAGGCUAAGGCCAAAUGCCAGAUGAGAAGUCUCCACUCUGCUCUUAGGAUAGCCUCUGAGUCUGCAAGGAAGCGUCGUUUUGGUCUCAGCUAUACCAAAAAGCUUGUAAAAGCGCCACACUGCAGUCAACCAAGGCUCUGGAUGCCCAUCGACUGCCAUGAGUACAGCACGCAGACCGAUGACUUGGAGGAGCUGAAGGUCUUGUUCACCGGCACAGACGCAUUCACCCAGACCGAGAAGAAGCGGCGGGGCUGGAUGAAUUUGGUAUAUAACUAAAAAGGAAGGAAGCCACGGACACUGCCGGACCCUACUCCUCCUCACAGACAGACAGACAGACAGACACAUACAGACACCAGACUUACCCGAGCAACCAGGCCGCAGCAUAUGUCCUCACCAUUGUUGCACUCAUAUCUCUCGUUGAACUUCUUCUUUAAUUUUUUUCGUUUGGUUUUGUCACUUUUUCGUUUGCAAGUUAAAUCAGAGACGACGACUCCCAAUCUGUGCGGCUGUAUUUGUGGCUGUGGCGCCAAACGGCUGGCCAAUGCAUCUAUGAGAAUCGCGUGCAGCUUUGGGAUGCGGAAUCCGGGACCCGUAUGAUAUAUAGCCAAAGAGUUCGCAAAUAAACCCGCAGACACGUCCGCACACGAUAAAAUCUCGCAAAAGACUGAAUGGACGAGGCCGGCCAACGUUGCCGAAGCCACCUCUCCCUGGAUGAUGUUGGGUAUUUCAGCUUUGUGGCAGCUCGUGCAUUGUGGCAAUGACAAAACUUGUUUAGUUAAACCAACUGUGGGAGGCACACUCUCACCUGAAUAGCCCCGUGAUCUGAUUCCCCUUUACAAAAUGUUAAUUAGUUUACAAAUAAAAUUAUAAUGUUAUCA